AACAAUCUAAAGCAACUUGCGAGUAAACGAUUACAAAAGUUAAAACUCUCACCGUUCAGAAAGACGAAGUUCUUUAGUAAGCUAUAUUACGACAAGGAUGAUGCCGAUUUGAUCAAAAGACUGGAAAACGAGUUCGGACCAGACUCUAUUUUUUUAAUUGGCCAUUGGCAGCUCCAAACGUGA